UCUUUGUCCUACUUGAAACCUAUUCGGCCUUGUUCGCGCGAACUUGCCACGCCAUUUCCCUGGUAGCGCCAUCAUUGCAUAAAAUUCAUACCCAAAUCUCUCCAGAACAAUAAAAAAAAUCCCCAAAGUCACCCAGAAUCAUAAAGAAAUGGGAAAAGGAUUCGCCCUGGUGCACUGGAUCCAGUCGAAGCGCACGGAAAUCCUCAAGUGCCAGAUGAUUCCCGAGAAGUAUCGCCGGGAGAAUGCCAUUGUGAAUCUCAAGUGUCGUCAUUUGCUGUCUGGUGUCUCGGAGAUGCGUCUUGCCAAGAUAGUGAAAAUUGAGCAAAAUAAAACAGAGUUGCAAAAUAUAACAGUCGACCCCGAGACAGGAGUAAUAGUACAAAUGUCCACGAACAAAUUAGCAAAAGGAACAAUAAAAAAGUCCGAGUCCCUAGCGAAAAAGCUGUUGAAACUGAAAGAAUCUAAGAGGAAGAGAAAAAAAUCAGGAAAACAUAGGAAAUCGAAACACAUGGAUGAAAGCAGUGACUCUGAUGAUUCAUCGAGCAGUGAAUCAAGCUCGGAGGAAUCAGCUAAUGAGCCUGGAGAUGACAGUGACGAUGACUUGAAAGCAGUGAAAUCUCUUCUUUCCACCGUGACAGCCGACAGUAUAAAAUUCAUUCAAAAGCUGCUCCCAUUGAUGGAGAAAGUGUACAAAAAGCAGCAGAAGGUUUCUCGAAAACAGGAAACAAUUAUUGAGGAGCCCGAGCCAGAUCCAAUAUCCAUCAUCGAGCCAGAAUCGGUGAACCUCCAGUCUAAUCUUGAGGGAUUUCUACCUCCAAUGACAAUAGCUGCAAUAUUUCAUCGGUGUCAGGAUCGAAUGGACUGGAAAAAAUUAACCACUGAUAUACUCGUAGAAAUUUACGGUAAACAAUUAGCACACUUGUCCGCAAAGGGUAGCAGAGGUGCCCAAGGCAUCGAUCCAGCUGUCUUCCGUACGAUUUACGAUUUGGUAAACAUGCGACUGGGGUGGAUUCUCCCCACGAAGGAUUUCGUGAGGCACGUGAACAAAGUAUGUUCAAACCGUAAGAAAGCACAGAGACUCAAGAUGAUGAACAAUCCAGUCGACACCUGGGGCGACGUGCAAGUGAAAUUGGAAUUGCCAACGACAUCGACUCAUGCAGAGCCUCCUCAAGAUCUUGCCCCAGGACCUUCCACAAUCCCCAGUUAUCAACAGUACAUGGCAAAGCCAGUGGAGCACGACACCAAGCCCAUCAUAACUUCAAUAAGAUCCACAGAUGACACAGGCAGCUCAGUUCCUUCCUCCUCUAUGGUCGAUGUUGCACCUUCAACGCAUGGAAGUCCUUACGGUUACAUCUCCGAAACACCGGCCUUCCAGAAUCCAGUCUCUUCUCAACUGGCGGACUACGAGUUCUCAUCGUAAUCAGUUUUUCUUUUUAUAUACUGACACACCUUCAUACGAAAUUCUUAUAUAAGGAAAUAAUCCCUUUCUGUCUUCACUUUUUUCUGUUUCAAUUUCAGGGAUUAUUCUAUGAUAUAGGAAAUUUUUUCGAAUGAACGAAAAAAUGUACGAUAUUUUCGAAAUAGAAGAAAAAAUAAGUUUAUCAUCUAAUUUCAUCUAUUCGUGUAUUUUUUUUCGAUAAAACGAUUUUUAUUUAUUUUUUUUUUGUUUAAUAUUUAGCGAUUGGAAUUGAAGUGGAAAUUAUAAACGACUUGAAAUAAUUAAAAAAUCGCAUGACAAAUCAGUAUUCAGUCUUUUUAAGAGAGUAUGGUUUUUCACUGUAAUCUAUCUCCAUUUUUAUAU